GGAUCGCGUGUGGGCAGCAGUGGAGCACGCACUUCAGGCCAUUUGCCAUGCCUGCCGCGCCACCGCCUCCUCCGCCCCUUCCGUCUUGUGUAAAAUGUUGUCCAACUGCUACUACUACUACUACUGUCAAGAAGUGCCAAUUGAACGAUGCUACAUUUUCUCAAGGAGGCUGGGCGAAAGAACAUCCAGAUAUUCUAAAAGCUUGUUUUCUCGCUCGGGUAUGUGAAAGAGGUAUUCCCAAAAAGUGUCAAUAUCGAGAUAUCCGAAGUAUAAUUCAAGUGGGACCUACCUGUGGCCUCACUGCUCUGAGUAUGAUACUGGAUGGCAGCCCAUCAGCUGGGGAAUUACUCGCAGACGCGGUUGAACUAAAAUAUACCCUAAAUGGAGAAAUGUUCAGUGGCCAUAAUUUACAUAAGCUAACCAAUAAGCACUUAAAAAUUGGAUCUUGCCAACUUCAUGAAGGUGCUAUAAACUGCACAAAUAUCAGAGAGCACAUACUUUCCGGUGGUUGUCUGCUGGUAGCCUACGAUGCCGCUGUAAAUCAUGAACCCUGUCUGAAGAAAGGCCGUAGCGCUCAUUGGGCGCUUAUAUUAGGCUACCUUAUCGAUACUGAAGAUGAAUUUCAUGUGGUUGCACGCCAUGGCAAAACCCGCAACUUGGCAGUCUGGUCGUUGGCAGCUCUCAGCGAAAGCAACGCCAACCUGUUGGAGUUUGUCACGCCCAAGGGCUACACGGACUGUGAAUUUCUGCUGCCCGAUGGAGGAAUAGCCGGCCCAUUGGGUCUCAAUGAGCGCUGCAUACUACUCCACGAGCUACCACAAGAGAUAAUUAAAUUGCAUUAAAAAAGGCAUGUUGAUAGUUUUGUUAUUUGUAAUACACAUAUAUAUAUAUUUAAUAAUACAUUUAUAAAUUACACGCCUUAAAAUAAUUCACUUCGUUAUGUUUCCUCAUUUCUUUAGACGCCUUUUUCUCAGCUUUUCAGUUCAAUUGGAUGAAUACAUCGGGUAGCUUCUGUAUUCUACUUGCCAAAUAUUGCUUGAGUAUACUACAAAUAUACGUUAUAUGCGUUAAUGUAUAGUAUAUGUAUAUAUAUAACUUUUCCA